AUGCCGCUCCUGAGACGUCGGGGGAAUGCCAAUGUACCCAACGAAAGUAGUACACGACGACCUGCCGCUGAUGAUGCCGAACCUGACGCAAAGUUGACGCCGCCCGUCAGCUAUACCGGAGAUGAUGCUGGAGCACCCAGCGAACUCCAAAGCCGCGCGUCCUCAGCCACGACGCGACCAGGAACACCGCCAAUACAAGAGGAGAGCAACAGGCACAAGAGAUUCUCCGUGCUGCGCUUCCGUAACGCUUCCGAUUCCCAGCUCUCGCUACGCGCCAAACAACAGGCUGAGAAGCCUCCGCCCCUUCCCCGACCUCCCGAAAUCAUCACAACGGCCCCGACUGGCGAUCUAGGCGGCGUCAAGAAGAAGACCUCACGAUUGAGCCUGGCAGCCGCUCGAUUUCGCCGCUCCAGUGACCUCCCCCGAGACACCAACGAUGCAACAGUAGCGCGGCCAUCAGGAGCACAAAGGAAGUCCAUUGCAGAUGAAAAGGGGCGAUCGUCGUUGGCACCUCUGGAUGAACCUGGGUCACCGCGCACAUCGUCAGCAACUCCAAGCUUCAGUGGCAUGGCACCCCCGUCUCAGACCAACCGCCAAUCCGAAUCCUCUCGCUCGGAUGUCAGCUCCAACGAUCGAGUUUCGCACACGAGCCCGGCCACGACACCCAAGAAGAGUCCGUCGAGCAAUCCCUUCUUCCGCAUGCGCAGGAGUAAGAAGGCGCCUGAGCCGCUCUUUCCGCUCUCCCACCUUCCUCAGAAAGACAAGACCCCCCCAGCUGCCAGUUCUUCGGCAUCCCUGAAUGUGGCAUCCACCCCACGGCCCCCAUCUGCGAGCGGCGGUAUCAUCUUGCGAAGUAACACUGACCGACUCGAUGGCCCUGCAUCCCAACGUGCAGGUCCCGCGCCGGCUACGGCGCUCUUUUCUCAAGGUGCCGAUCUGAGGUCUGGGCAUUCGUCUCCCACACGACCCAAUUUCCUCAGGGGCAGGUCCUCCACAAUGAGCUCUAUGGGGAGAGAAUCGACUGAUGAUCACCUCAUGCCUCCGACAACCCGUACGUCAUCGUCGACAGGUAGGAAAAGCUUUGGGGACCUACUCGGACUGAGCCGCUUGCGCCAGAAUUCUGAGCUUAGUCGCCAGGGCGUCAUUACACCCGCUACGCCUGGGUCGGCUGCUUCGAAGAGUAACUCGCUCCAGCUUCUCAGAGAGGCUGUUACACUACCGGAAAGGAAGGACGACGAAUCGCCUGCUAAAUAUCUAGCCCGUCUAGAGGAAAUACUGACCAGAGGCGUCAUUGCGGCGAUCGUGUCCAAAAACAGCGACGCCUUCUCCCUUUCCGUACUACGAAGCUUCAUGCGAAGCUUCAGCUUUUUCGGCGACCCCAUGGAUAUGGCUCUGCGGAAGCUCCUGAUGGAAGCUGAACUUCCCAAGGAAACCCAGCACAUUGACAGAUUCUUGGAGGCAUUCGCAAAUCGCUACCACGAAUGCAACCCUGGUAUUUACGCUACCACCGAGCAAGCAUACUUCAUCGCAUUUUCCCUCCUCAUCCUGCAUACCGAUGUAUUCAACAAGAACAAUCGCUACAAGAUGCAGAAACCGGACUAUCUAAAGAACACCCGCGGUGAGGGUAUCGCCGACGAGAUCCUUGGGUGUUUCUACGACAACAUCACGUACACGCCCUUCAUACAUGUUGAAGACGAGCUCGAUCGUAGGAGCGAGAGGGGCUCCAGGACGAAACGCAAGCAGCUUCUUGGGGCGCCCAACGAUCCAGCCAAACGGGCUCUCAAGGAGCCUGUUGAUCCAUACACACUCCUCAUAGAUGGUGACCUCGACGCGUUACGGCCGAAUCUCAAGGACGCCAUGCAUCUCGAGGAGCAUUACAAUUAUUUAGGUUCUUCGCAGAGCCUUAAUUUGAAAGACCUCUCUAAAACAUUCUUCCGGACUGGUGUGCUUCAGAUUGUCUCCGCCCGGAGUCGACCAGACGCGUUCAUGAAUGACAAUACCGCCACGAACCCGAAUGGGGCCGGUCCGGGAAUCGUGGACAUCAAGGUCACAAAGGUCGGCCUGCUGUGGAGGAAGGAAGCCAAAAAGCGGAAGACUCGAUCGCCGUGGCAGGAGUGGGGUGCGAUAUUGACUGGAGCCCAGCUGUACUUCUUUCGGAACAUCAGCUGGAUCAAGAGUUUGAUGCAUCAGUACGAAUCUCACAUCAAAGCAGGUAACGAUGAUAUCCCGAUCAUCUUCAAGCCGCCAUUGGAGCAUUUCAAGCCCGAUGGUCUUAUGUCGACUCAUGGGGCUGUUGCACUCCAUGACUCGCAGUAUAAGAAGCACAAGAAUGCCUUUGUGUACGUGCGAUCUGGUGGACUCGACGAAGUACUAUUGGCCGAUAACGAGGCUGAGAUGAAUGAUUGGCUUGCCAAGCUUAACUACGCAGCUGCAUUUAGCUCAUCGGGCGUUCGCAUGCGAGGCGUUGUCGGCGGCAACUACGACGGCCAGGGCCGCCGUGGCUUGAGACGCCUGGACACUACAGAUCCUGCUCAGCUCAUCGACACGCCCACAGGACAGGUAUCGGUGGUCAAAAGCCAAAUUGAUCACCAAAUGGCCGAAGACAUCCAAACAGCCAGACGCGGCUUCAUGAAGAAUAAGAUUGAAGAGGGCGAAGAAAAGGUCAGGGUAUCUCAGCAGGAACUAGAGGGUCAGCUGCGCAAUGCACGCCAUUUGCAAAUCCUCGCCCCCAUUCAGCCGCGGACGCGAGAUGGCAUGCUCGCAGCUGCGGCGCAAAUGUCGGCCAGACUGAAGUGGACUCGGAUGGAGAUGUGGAGGGAGAAGUGCCAUCUUGAUAUUCUACGGCUGGACCUCGAGGAGGAUAAUCCUACACCACUGUCCCGAGCCACACCGCUCACCUCUCAGCCGACUGGCUCUGGGGCUCCGGGAGACAUGUCCGGGACGCGGCACGAAGGAGAUUGUGUGGACGAGGACCCAAAUUCUAGUGCUACCGCCCAACUGUUGGAACAGACGCCGCAGCCACGAACAGCCAAGGCGAGACCGCUAUCCAGUGAUAGUCAUGAUGAUCAUGAUGUGGAUGUCGACGCUGAGGAGCGUGACCUGCUGAAACAAGCCGGCUUACUCGAAGCCACUUCGAGUAAGGAGGCCUCAGAAAAGGGAACCACUUCGAACGUCGACGAUCCUGGUGAACAGGCUCUAGCGCUUGAUCGCGACAGAAAUGACAAGAACAAGAUCCGUCGCAGCUUGCAACGGACACUUCGGGAAGGUGCUGGGCACCUCUCCCACCACCGCAGCAGACGCGGGAAGGAUCGUGAGCCAGCGACUGGUGCCAGCGAUGAGCCUGAGCCUGAGAGCAUGCUCGCCCGAGGGACGGGCAGUUUCGUUGUCCAUGGCAAGAAAGCAUCGGUCAUCAACUUUGGAUCGGAGCUGCAAAACAUGUCCCACGAAGACAAGCUCCGGGCUCGGAAGCAGUCCGUGGUGGAUGUGCCAAUGUCUCCAGCUCUCAGCAACGGCGAGGACGAUGAUUUCUACUCCGCGGCGGGUGAUUUGCCAGAGUCAGAGGGAACACCUUCACGCAGAGAGUCGGGUGCCAGUGCUAGCACAGCGACUGCGCGGAGCUUCCGCGAGUUACACCGCAAAUUCUCCUCGACGCAUGCUAGUCGGAGUGUUUCGAACAGCCGACGCCUUGGAGUUCCUUCGGAUGGGGAGAGUGAGGCAGCUGUGAGCUUUUCGGAUGGCAGACGCUCCCCGCUACCCCCAAUUGAAACAGCUGAGGGAGAAGACGAGGAAGAAGACUAUAUCCAGGGGGGGCAUGGUGGCACAGUCGAUAGAGCCGCCGCCGACGGACAGAGGGAAGGCGACGGAUCACCCACACACUCCUUGCAGCCGUCUAGUCGCGCUCUGCCCGUUGCAAGUAACUGA